AUGCUAAGAACCACAGCCACAAAGCUAUCUGUCAGGAACAUUGCCAGACAACGUCUCGCCUACUCCACUUUCAAAGAACUAAAAUUCGGAGUCGAGGGAAGAGCUGCCCUUCUCAAGGGUGUCGAGACCCUCGCUAACGCCGUCUCUACCACUUUAGGACCAAAGGGCCGUAACGUUCUUAUCGAACAACCAUUCGGUCCUCCAAAGAUUACCAAGGAUGGUGUCACUGUCGCUAAGGCCAUCGUCUUGGAAGAUAAGUUCGAGAAUAUGGGUGCUAAAUUAUUGAUGGAAGUGGCUUCCAAGACAAAUGAAGCCGCAGGUGAUGGGACCACCUCAGCUACCGUGUUGGGGAGAUCCAUUUUUGCUGAGAGUGUCAAGAACGUCGCUGCUGGGUGUAAUCCAAUGGAUUUGAGACGUGGGUCUCAAGUCGCUGUGGAGAAGGUCAUCGAGUUUUUGAAGGAACAUAAGAAGGAAAUUACCACUUCAGAGGAAAUCGCUCAAGUGGCUACCAUUUCCGCUAAUGGGGACGUCCAUGUCGGGAAGCUUUUGGCCUCUGCCAUGGAAAAGGUUGGUAAAGAAGGUGUCAUUACCAUUAGAGAGGGUAGAACUAUGGAAGAUGAAUUGGAAGUCACUGAAGGUAUGAGAUUCGAUCGUGGGUUCAUCUCUCCAUAUUUCAUUACAGAUGCCAAGUCAGGUAAGGUGGAAUUUGAAAAACCAUUGUUGUUGUUAAGUGAAAAGAAAAUUUCAUCCAUUCAAGAUGUGUUACCUGCCUUGGAAUUAUCCAACCAAACAAGAAGACCAUUAUUGAUCAUUGCCGAGGAUAUCGAUGGUGAAGCUCUUGCCGCAUGUAUCUUAAAUAAAUUAAGAGGUCAAGUUAAAGUCUGUGCCGUCAAGGCCCCAGGGUUUGGUGAUAAUAGAAAGAAUAUCAUUGGUGAUGUCGCCAUCCUUACCGGAUCAACUGUCUUCACCGAAGAAUUAGACUUGAAACCAGACCAAUGUACCAUUGAACAUCUAGGUUCUUGUGAUUCCAUCACCAUUACCAAGGAAGAUACCGUCAUCUUAAAUGGUCAAGGUUCUAAAGAGAAUAUCCAAGAAAGAAUUGAACAAAUUAAGAACUCCAUCGAUAUGACCACAACAAACUCUUACGAAAAGGAGAAAUUACAAGAACGUCUAGCUAAAUUGUCCGGUGGUGUUGCCGUCAUUAGAGUCGGUGGUGCCUCAGAAGUGGAAGUGGGUGAAAAGAAGGACCGUUACGAUGAUGCCCUAAACGCUACAAGAGCUGCCGUGGAAGAAGGUAUCUUGCCCGGUGGUGGUACCGCUUUGGUUAAGGCCUCUAGAAUCCUAGAUGACAUCCAAGUGGAAAACUUUGACCAAAAAUUAGGUGUCGAUAUUAUCAAGAAGGCCAUCACCAGACCAGCAAAGCAAAUCAUUGAAAAUGCAGGUGAAGAAGGUUCCGUAAUUGUCGGCAAAUUGGUAGAUGAAUUUGGUGAAGAUUUCGCCAAGGGGUACGAUGCCGCUAAGGGUGAAUACACAGACAUGUUGGCAUCCGGUAUCAUUGAUCCAUUCAAAGUGGUCAGAUCAGGGUUGGUCGAUGCUUCCGGUGUCGCAUCCUUGUUGGCUACCACUGAAGUUGCCAUUGUGGAUGCUCCAGAACCACCAUCUGCUGCCGGUGCUGCCGGUGGUAUGCCAGGUGGAAUGGGUGGUAUGCCAGGUAUGAUGUGA